AUGCUGGUUGUGCUGUAUUUCCGGGCAAAAAGGGAUUGGGUUUCAGGGAGUUGGGUUUGGGGCGGAGCUGCCCGCGAGGCGCUGCUUGCGCAGAGUCGCGGGGAUCGCGGGCUGCUCUGCGGGCCGUGCCUGGGCAUGGACUGCCUGAACAUCCCAAACAUUUCCCGGCAUUUCAAGGAUACGGCCUCAGCCGUUCAUCUGCCACAAGGUUCUGGCGCCCUGACCCUCCCGGCCCAGUCCCGGUGCCUACAGCCUGGGAGCCCUGGGCUGCCGCGAUGCCAAGGGUCCUGGGCCUCAGAACAUCCACCACAUUCCACCACAAAACAGGACUGCAAUCCCAAGCUCGAGACCUCAAACCAAGAGCGCUGUUUUGGGGGCUUCGCUGCGUCUUGCUGGUGUCGACUUUUGGAGCUCGCCCUGCCCAGCCUGUGGCCUACGGCCCCAUGGCCAUGGCGAGGUGGCUGA